ACAAACAGCUUUUCCAUUCUUGCACUCCUCUAGCAGCUAUCAGGAUUUGUGUAUUACUGACAACGAAGAACCAUGAAACAACAACAAUUAGUUCUCGUACUCCGAAGAACGGUAUCUCGAAACGGUGCUAACGAAACGAUCUCGUAGAACAUACAAUACCUGUACGCCACCAUUUCCUUUUCCUGCACUACUUUCGACAUCGUACCCCCGACUCGGAAUCGAAGAAUGCCUUGUGAUUACAGUAACAUCGAGCACACCAACUCCUCUGAAGAAGAGGAAGACGAAUCCCGAAAGAAACGCGGGAGUUCCACACGAAAAAACGAAUCAGAACAUUCCAAGAAGGUCCGGUCCGACAGAAAUAUCAGUGUUGACAACACUAGCUGUGGUAGCAGUGCAAAAACGAAUGCGUUAGACGACCAAAUUAGAGAAGGACGAGGCGAACAAGAGGCAAUUCCCACGCCAACCUCAAUGCCCAUGGACUCUGAUUCCUCCUCGAUGGUGGACACGAAUGCGAAUGUGCCAAUAGCGACAACAAGUUCCCGGACCGACGAUCGCAGUCAUGGAUCGAAUCAUAGCUACAGAACAUUCACCACAAAUGAACAGCAAGAGAAGCAACGACAUCAGUGGGGCGAGAUUUGGGAUUUGGAAAGCGCUCUUUUGUACCUCGUACAGUUAGGUACCGGUAGUAGAAGUAACGGUUACAACAAUUGCGAAACGAAAUGGGUAGUUCACAACGAGAAGGAUCGCAGCAACACAAAUAAGAGCUUUUCGAAGAAAGUAGAGGUUCAGAUUUCAGAUGGGGAUGCGAACCGAGACAAAGAUCAAGAUCAGUCUAUACAUCGAGAUGAUGAUUCUAAAAGUGACGAAACUGCUGUUGUCCGGGAAUAUUUGACACCAGAGAAAAACUCAUGGAUUCGAUUUCGGGCAGCACACGCUGGCGAUGCCUCAUCUAUCGCGCAAUGGUAUCGGCGCAAGCGAUCAGAGGAUGGUAACCACGACCUUUGUCCGUCUAACUCUAGCACUAUGGAGAGCACAACGAAUUACGAGACCACCCACGACAGAAGCGAUAGCAAUGUUGUCAAGGAAGAAGAAGUUGUCUCCGAUCAACACGAAGAUCCUGAGAUCGACAAACACGCUAUAUUGCGCAAUGCUUCCACUUCCGAUGAUGAAUCCAGCAGCGAUCGCCAGCGGCAAGGCAGCACAAGAAAUGAAGAGGAGCAGGAACGUCAUAUUCCCCACGGAGGAGGGGAGGAGAAGGAGGGAGAAGCGCAUUCCUCUUCCCUGCAACUAGAACAUUGGUUGGCAGAAGGACUUGGAGACGAAAAUACCUGUCCAUGCGUGUACGGACUCUUGGCCUACGUCCAUCGUCUGCCAAAUGAAACUACCGGGAAAGACUCCAGCCUGCAAGAUACUGCUAUCGAUAAUGGACUCAAUUCUUCUGAAGCAGUAAACCUACUUCCUUUAGAAUAUUCUAAUGGUUCUACUCCCUGUCACGACGACCAGAUCCAGUGCCUAGCGGCAGUUGUCUUGCUGAGCCUGUCGUGGACCUCGGGUAAACGAAAUCUACGGAUCGAGUGGAUGUCGAUCGACGCCAACCAGCUCCAGACCGGGGACGAAGCGUUGGCUGUCCAGCAAAAAAUUUGGCUCCGCAUUCACACGCUGUCGGUCAUGACCGCUUGCGAGGCCAUCGACGUGGACGAGUUCGUCUUGUGCACGGCGACAACUACGUCGGCGCUGCAACAGCAAUCCAUCCUUUCCUCUUCGGCGUUCGAAGAAGAACCGCUCAAUGACGGGAAUCGCACGAAACGAAGGCCCAAGAACGAUGUCACCCCUCAGCCUACUCGAAUCGAUAGGGUAGUGCCUAGCCCCGAAUAAUUGCGGUUAGAACAGCUACGGUAG